CACAGUCCAACCUGCUGGCAUCAUCUCCAACAUCAGCAUUCAUCAUUUUCUCCUUUUCUGGUGAAUUUUUAAAUUUCAGACGGAUAAACAUGAAGCUGGCUAUCCUGUGCCUCUGUUUGGCUAGCACAGCCUGUGCUGCACCCUUUCAGUACUUGCCUCAUUACACUGGAUCCAGGCAACAGAUGCCAACUUUACAGAUGAACAAUCCCUUCACGGCUGGUUUUCCACACACUGGACUACCUGGUGGUUACAGUGUGGAACUGAUUUAUCCCCACAGAUUUCCAGGAGGUGCAGGUGUUUCAAACCCAGCACAGCCCUUUUCAUCUUUUGGUCUCAUCAAGUACUCCAUUCCUCAGCCACCAGGCAGACAGAGUGUUGAAGUAUUCUAUGCAUAUGACUUUGCUCAGCAAAGGAUAAUCCCAAACAUCCCCCCAAUGACAAAAGGCCCCAUAGUGCCAGAAGUUCUCCCAUUUGAUUAUCCACCACAAAACAUUCCCCAGCAAAAUAUGAACAUUCCCCAAUUUGACGCUAAUGCUCUUCCAUCCCAGGACCCCCCAAAAUUGCACCUGCAGGAUCAGCCCAUACAGACAAGCCAGAUGCCAGCAAAGGUGUAAACAUGUGAACAUUCGGAAAUCAGCAUUGGAAGAAAUUAUCAGUGAUGUUGUUUCCGAAAGUGCUAACAUAAGUUAAAAAUAAACCCACAAAUGUUAUCAUAAAUAACACUUCUUUAUUAAGAAAUCACAACAUUAUUAAACUAAAGAGUAAUAGGAUAAUCUGCAUAAAAUAAGACAUAUUCCUGAAGCACUCUUUUAUUCCCCUUGUCAUUUCCCCACAUUAACAAUAACCUGUUGUAGAACUGCAGAUGUAAUGUGAUGCUGAAUUUUCAUCAUACUUUAAUUACUUCAUGCUAACUUUUCCUUAAAUGUCAUUUUCUUUGAAUAAAUAAAGUCUAC